CCUUCAUCAACCACCAUCACGCACUUGCUGCUCACGCCAUGCCUCUCAACACCGACGACGUGCUCCUAUACUCCCAACGGCCGGACUGGGCAGAUGUACAGCCGCUGGAGCAGUACGAGGGUGUCAAUCCCCUUGCACCAAUAUUCUACACCGAUGAAUAUAAGGAUGCGACGAACUACUUGCGCGGAGUGAUCAAGACAGGAGAGAAGUCAGAGCGCGUCCUCGAGCUGACGGAGGACAUCAUCCGACAGAACCCUGCGCACUACACGGCUUGGCAGUACCGAUAUGAGACUCUCAUUGCACUGAACGCACCCCUCGACCAAGAACUCAAACUCAUGGAGGACUUCGCGAUCAAGUACAUGAAGACGUACCAGAUCUGGCACCACCGUCGGCUCCUCCUCAUGAAGACACGCGACCCAGCCCCCGAACUGCAGCUCAUUGGCAAGGUCCUGCGCGUCGACUCGAAGAACUAUCACACGUGGUCCCACCGCCAGUGGCUACUCGCGCACUUCAACGAGGACGCGCUAUGGGCAGGCGAGCUCGACUUCGUGCAGGAGUUGUUGAAUGUGGAUCUAAGGAAUAACUCGGCGUGGCACCAUCGAUUCUUCGUGGUGUUUCAGUCCGGCGUGCGCAAUGGCGAGGAGGACCGCGAUCGGGUGGUGAAGCGGGAGCUCACGUACGUCAAGCAGAAUAUUUCGUUGAUACCGAACAACCUGUCGGCUUGGAACUACCUGCGCGGCAUCUUGGACUUCAACAAGAUUCCGUACGCGUCCGUUACGCCCUUUGUCCAGCUCUACACCCGCAAGCGCGAUGAAGGUGGCGACGUUGUUGACUUAGACAACCCUCCACCCGACGCAAGUGCGGAGCUGCCGUGCCCUAUGGCGAUCGAACUGCUGGCCGACAUCUACGAGGCAGAGGGUGCAGAGGGCGUCCCCAAAGCUAUCGAACUCUGGAAGAGCCUAGCGGAGGAACACGAUACGAUCAGGAGGAAGUAUUGGGAGUAUCGGUGUCAAGACGCAGGUCACAAUGCAUGAUACCCUUGGAUCGUCGAAUGAAUGUACUCUAAUGUAACAUCAAUCACGCUGAAUAUUUGCAGGGAUGAGAUUGAGAUCGGGAA